GUGCUUUGGUAGACGGCCCAGAUACUUUCCCCCACCCGGAACCCCCCAUCGAUUCUCGUCUCCCUCCGACCCCAGCGGCGGCGCACGUCUGGGGCUCCGCCGGCGGCCGGACUAAAUGAGAGCAGUUGCAGGAGCUUCAGGGACGGCGACACGAGGCUGACGCGCGCAUGAGCUUCACGGCAGCACCUUGAGAUUUCCUCCCCAGAUCCCAGAACAUAAUGGCGGAUAUCCCGUUAGGCUGUUACACUAUAAAGUCCCAUGGAGCCCAAAUUGCAAGACUCCACAUGUAUGACUGGAUAAUACUUGUCCUCCUUGCUGUCAUAGAUGGAUUGUUGAAUAUAAUUGAGCCUUUUCACCGUUUCGUUGGGAAGGACAUGAUGACUGACUUGAGAUACCCCUUACAGGGCAAUACUGUGCCCUUUUGGGCUGUUCCGGUCAUUGGAAUCGUCUUACCCUGUGCCAUCUUUGGUGGAAUUUACUUCAAGAAGAAGAAUUUCUAUGAUUUGCACCAUGGCAUACUGGGUAUUCUUUAUUCGGUGCUCAUAACUGCGGUGAUUACUGAUGCAAUUAAGGAUGGGGUUGGCCGACCGCGUCCUGAUUUCUUCUGGCGCUGUUUCCCAGAUGGAAAGGAUCUUUAUGACAAUGUCACUACUGGCGUUCUGUGCCAUGGGGAGAAGAGUGUCAUCAAGGAAGGUCACAAGAGCUUCCCAAGUGGACAUGCAUCAUGGUCUUUCGCCGGCCUGGGCUUCCUCACGUGGUACUUAACUGGGAAAAUCGCGGUUUUUGACCGUAAAGGCCAUAUCGCAAAGCUGUGCAUCAUUGUUCUGCCUCUGCUUACAGCUGCGCUCGUUGCCGUUUCUCGUGUGGACGACUACUGGCAUCACUGGCAAGAUGUGUUUGCAGGAGCUAUCAUAGGUCUCACAGUGGCCUCAUUCUGUUACCUGCAAUUUUUCCCAUAUCCUUUCGACGCAGACGGAUUGUGGCCUUACGCAUACAACACCCUCCAGCUAGCCGAGGCGGGCAUUGCAGCAAACUCCUUCAGCGUGCGGCCCACCGAGGAGAUGGUAGAAGAAGGGCAAGGUGAGGGUGGGAUCGCCCUGAGAGACGCCGUGCGGCCCAUGGAGGAGACGGUAGAAGAAGGGCAAGGUCAGGGCAGGAUCGCCCUGAGAGACGCCCUGAGAUGUGAAGAAGACUAGGACUGGAAAGAUCCGACGACACCCUAACUGCAAUGAUUUUCCUCAGGCUUAUGUUUUCGGCGCACAUCGCAGGCGGCUAUCUGGGAGCUGUUUUUCUCAUGCACAGUUUGGUUGCUUGGUUUUCACCGUUUGUUUGCUAGAGGUUGACUUGAUUGGAUAGUUUGGCCAGUGAGGAUCUCGGCUGUAUAUUACAACCUAGUUAGUGUUAGUGUGGUGGGUGAGACAUUGUGCAUUAAUUAUUUCUUGGUCUUUCUGAUGGCUGUUUUUUCAGAAAGCGGUAUGUAUGUAUAUAUGAUUUGCUUUGAUUUUAUCAAGUUUGAUUGGGUUGCUCAA